GAAAAACCUUAAGUUCACCAAGUUGUUUAGUGUUGUGGUGGAGGGUUUAAGUAUGCAAAUAUUAAUGCAAUGAGGGAUUGUUGAUCCUUUGUAGCUUCAGAACUAAAGUGCAUGCAAAAAGCAAGAAAUUCUAGUCUUGAUGUCUUUUUGCUUCAGUGUACUAUGGGGAAGUACAGCCAUUUGCGGUGGCUGCAAUGGCCCCUGCAAUGCCCCCUGCUCCGGACCCUGCUCUGGACCCUGCUCCAGUAGCAGAAAGUAGUGAUAGCAGUGCCACCUAUGAUGUGACCGUCAGGACUUACUUUCCAGAAACGUGGAUCUGGCAACUUGCUGAAGUGGGAGCUACUGGAUCCACACAAGUUCCCCUCAAGGUUCCUGACACCAUCACCACAUGGGAGAUGGAGGCAUUCUGUCUGUCCUCCAAAGGUUUUGGUCUCGCUCCUCCUGCCAAGGCCACGGUCUUCAGCUAUCUGUCCAAAUGCAUCAUGGUAUGUUUUAUUUAUAAUGGAUCUACAGUGUAUAUACAGAAGAUCCCUGUCUUUGCUUAAUGUGCACUGUUGUUGUUCGGCAGA